GGAGGACCUUCUUGUGUCUGAGAGAUUUUUGUUAGAGAGGGAUGUCGGGGAACGAUGCGGCGGAGACAGCUAAAAUAGAGGUGUGGUGGGACAUGAAUGACUGUACGAUUCCGGAGGGGUAUGAUGCUCGUCGGGUCCGUUCAGGUAUAGAAAGGGCGUUCGAAAAACUAGGCUACACUGGUCGUGUCUCCAUCACUGCCUAUGGCGACCAAAAAAAAACCCCUUGCGACGUCCUACGAGGGCUCUCUUCCACUGGAGUCGCUGUUGCACAUACCAAUUCCGAUAGCACGCGCUCAGUCAUGCAUCGGGAUAUGGUGGAAUGGCGAGCUCAAAAUCCUCCUCCGGGUAUAAUUUUAAUCAUAUCCGAUCAGGUGGAAGGUGAAUUCUCCUGGGAUCUGGCCCGCCUACAACAGCGCACUAGAUACAAACUUUUUCAGGCUAAUUCAAUGAAGAGUCUCGAUGAUUUUAUCCUGCUCUAUAAAGCAAAUUGGCGCUGGGAACAACUACUAGAAAAAGGAGACCCACCACUUGUGGCGGUGGUGGGUGGAUUAUCAUCUGCUGCCAUGUUUUAUUGCAAAUCGUGCAAUUUCGAUUGCCAAAGCCUGAAGAAAUUCAGGAAGCAUCUCUCCAGUUAUAAGCAUGGAAUGGAAGAGGCUAUAAACCCUCCGGACACACGACUCUCUUGUGUAACGAAGAGGUGGGCAAGGAACUACCCGGCCACCCCUGAACACGCCACAGCUAAAAUACAUGUGUUGUGGGACAUGAAUGACUGCCCUAUUCCCGAGGGGUAUGAUGCUCGCCGGGUCCGUCCAAGUAUAGAAAGGGCCUUCAAGGAAAUAGGCUACUCUGGUCCUGUCUCCAUCACUGCCUUUGCCGACCAAAAACAAACACCUGUUCACCACCUUCUUGCGCUCUCUUCCACUGGUGUCGAUUUUUCACAUACCCUUCCCUGGGUCCAUUACAGUCGCAUGAUUACAGAUUUUGAGAAAUGGACAAAAAAUAAUCCUGCUCCGGCUUCAAUUAUGAUCAUAUCGGAUGAAGUGGCUUCGAGCAAGUACCGUUCAACAUAUAUUUGCGGGAAACUACAAGAGAGUAAUUACAACUGUUUUUUGGCUUAUUCAGUUAGGCCUUUUGAAAUGCCUGUCCUGGUCACUUCUGCUGAGUGGCUCUGGGAUAGCUUACUUUCAGUUUCAGAGACAAAAAGAAACAUUCUUCACAAGUGCAGUGAAAGUGAAAGUGAAAGGGUUGUUGCAGCAUCUACCGGAAUGUUUUGUUGCACAUUGUGUUUAUGUGAUUGCAAAAGCCUCGAUGAUUUCAAUAAGCAUCUCUCAAGUAAAGAUCAUACACAGGAAGAGAAGAGAAUGACUUCGCAUGCUCAAUCCUUUCCUCACCGGCAAAGGCAGUAUAAAAUAUCCAACUACUAUGAUGAGGUAGGAUAUCCUCCCAAGACCAAACGUAUGAGGAAAGCAGCCCUGAAGGGUUUUUUUCUCCCUAGACCAUUACGUUUUACUAGACGUUGACAUUGUGUUUACUAAUGUGAAGCUCGCUCUCAUCUUCCUUUCUAGUCUUUUUUUUUUUUUUUUUUGAAACACUUCCUUUCUAGUCUGUCUUUCCCUUUUGCUUGUUCUCAAAUCAAUGCUUGUAUAUAGAUAUAAAUUAAACUUAAUGGUGUUUUUUUUCUUCUA